CGUGAGCGAUGUGCGAGCAGGCAGCGCGCCUCUGCAGGGACGGCGUGCACAGGCUGCUUCGCAAGCCGCCGCCGCAGGGCCGGGCACUGGGAGGGCUGCUGCGCUGGGUGGGCGCCAGGAUGAGCGACCCCAGGGAGCCGCUGCCCGAGGGGCCGAGGGCCGGACACGGAUUGUGCCCGGCGCCGCCCCGGAGGGGCACCUCGGUCAUCCUGGACAUAUUCCGUCGGGCCGACAAGAAUGAUGAUGGGAAGCUGUCCUUGGAGGAAUUCCAGCUGUUCUUUGCCGAUGGAGUUCUUAAUGAGGAAGAACUUGAGAAACUCUUCCACACCAUUGAUUCCGACAACACUAACAAUGUGGAUACCAAGGAGCUCUGUGAUUACUUUGUGGACCACAUGGGAGACUAUGAAGAUGUCCUGGCUUCCUUGGAGACCCUCAAUCACUCAAUCUUGAAGGCCAUGGGCUAUACCAAGCAGGUGUAUGAGAGGGGAACCAAUGUGGACCAGUUUGUGACCCGCUUCCUGCUGAAAGAGACGGCCAACCAGAUCCAGUCACUGUUGAGCUCUGUGGAGAGUGCAGUUGAUGCCAUUGAUGAACAAACCAAUCAGAUCAGACAGCACCACAGCAAGCCUGACCACAGUGGCAUGGAAACCUGGUAUGAGAAGCCUGUACCCAGUUACACUUCCAACAACAGAGUUGCAACUAAGGAGCCCAGGAAGAGCUUCCAGCCAGGUUCUCCUGAAACCAAGGAAGAGGGGCUGGAAGUACAGAUCAACCGGUUAGCCGAGCUUAUUGGAAGACUGGAAAAUAAGACACUCUGGUUUGACCUGCAGCAACGCCUGUCGGACAGCGAUAGUACAGCCUGCGCAUACCUCCUCCUAGUUCGGCAGGAGAUGGCCGUUUCCCAGAAACACUUGGGAGAAUUCUGCAGCUCCCUGAAACAGUAUCUGAAGAGUGUGGCGGGAGAGAGGGACUGCUUCCAUAUAACAGCAGUGAGGCUGCCUGAUGGACUCACAUUCAUUGUGUAUGAGUUCUGGGAAACAGAAGAGGAUUGGAAGAGGCACCUGCAGAGUGCAGUCUGUAAAGGAUUCCAGCACGUGAAGGUGGACACACUGACCCAGCCUGAAGCUGUCUCCAGUGUCUCUGUGCCAGCUGCUUGGUGCACUCUGAACAAAGACUGACUUGGCUCCUGCAGAGGACCGCGAGGGGAACGUGAGCCUGCCAGAAGUGGCCUCCUCUCUCUCUCUCUCUCGCUCUCUUUCUCCUGUCCCCUUCUUUAAUGCCCUCAUCAUAAAGAACUUGACUUUUGUCUUUUCUAAUAACUUUGUUACAAGUGCUGUCUUUUGAAUACACUUCUAAACAGGAAUGUGGGAGAUGUGUUUGCUUGCUGUUUGAAGUGAAGGAGGAAAAAAAAUCCCACAUCCCAUUGUACGCAUUACCUUUGGACCUUGCUGCUCAUCCCCAUGCCAAGCUUCCUCCUCCCCCCCAAAUUCGAGGCCAGAUGAGAAGGGUAGAGAUUGAAGACCUGAUAGAUGUCAAGUCGACAAGGACCAAUUCUAGACCAAGUCCCCCAAAAUAAUCUUCAUAUCAGGCCCACUUCCAACAUUACCACUGUUUGCAAAAACUCUCCCUUGAGGUGGCAAAAUGACUCAGCUAAAGAAUGUUAGGAAGGACUGGCAUUGUUCAGGAUCCAACUACCAUGGGGGAGGGGAGGCAUGGGAGAUGCCUGGCCCUGCCAUCAGCAGCGGCUUAAGGAAUGAUACCAAAGGUGUCUCCUCAUUCUGCUUCUCACUAAGUGUCAAGGUUUUCUUGUUCGCUUUCCAUGUAGGUUGAAAAGACCUCCAAAAGCAUCUAUAACAAGUGAGCUUCUUUCUCUUUAAAAGCAGUGCAUGAUCUAUAAUCCUUGGUGUACUCACUUGAGCUGCCUUCUUGCUCUAGAAAGUAGCUGUCCAUUCCUUUGCUUGGGUUUUGUGCUUUUAUCUUUCUCUUGUAUCUGAGACUGAAGCAGGGGAACGCCUUCUGAAGGCUGCUGACUAGCUUGUUUCCUCCCUGUCGCGUUUGAUAUUACUCUCCUUGUAUCUUAGGAAACUGGAUCCUUUAGAUUCAAACUGUAGUACUUUGCAAAACGUCAGUAUAGCAAAUAAAAACAAUUUAAUAUUAGGAUAUGCGCAGUUGAGAAACCUGGAACCAAAUAAACUGGUUGGAAAACAUGUUCUCCCCAUGUCUGUUUUCACACUUUUCUAUUUCAGUCAUCUCCCCUACCCUUCCCCAGCCAUAUUACUUAGACCUUGAAGGAGCAUUUUAUUUGAAAAGUGCUUUAUGUUCACGUUUAAGCAACAGCCCAAGCAGCUUUUAUAAAAAGUGUAAUAUUAGUGGAAAUACCUGGUCUUCGCCCAGGUUUGAUACACUUCUUAUUCUCACUCUCUCUCUCUUUGUGUGUUCCCUUCUCCACUCUGUUGUACUAAGGCUAUAACCUAAGAAAGACCAUGAGUGGGCCAGUGCAAUGGUCCAGCCAGACCGGGAUUCUGACUCCAAUAGUGGUAACAGGAUGCUUGGAGGAACCAUGUGAUGGUUGCCUUCCUUGACAUCCAUCCUCACAGUUUACAGAUGAACCAUUCAACAUCGCUAACUUUCCUUCUAGUAACCUAUGAUGAACUUCCUUCCCAUACAUUUAUUCAAAUCCUUCUUGAACCUACUGAUGUUUCUCUGCCCGCCUAACUUCCUGUGGUAGCAAAUUCCAUAGGUUUAUGACCUCCUGUGUGAAGAAGUGUUUCUUUCUGUUUGUUCUGAACCUUCCACCCUCACGCUUCAGUGGGUGUCUCCUCAUCCUGACUUUCUGGGAUUUGGAAAACAGCAAUUCAAUGUUCACUUUGUUCACACCAUAAAUGAUUUCUAAACCUCACAUGUGUCCCCUCAACCUGUGUCUUUCCGGACUGAAGAGUCCUAAGCCCUCAUGAAGUCACUUCUCCAUUCCCCAGAUCAUCUUGGUUGUCCUUCUCUAUGCCUUCUCCAGCUCUAUAAUGUCCUUCCUAAAAUGUGACAGCCAGCACUGAACACAGUAUUCCAGGUGUGAUUGUGCCAUGGUUUUAUAUUGUGGCAAAAUUCCAUCUUUUGUUUCUAUUUUCCUUCCUGCUGAGGUCAAGCAUUUGGUUGGCCUUUUGUCUGCUGCCAUACAGUGGGCCAAUGAUUCAAAAUGCUGUCCAUAGUGACUCUGAGAUUUAUUUCCUGAGUCGUGACAGAUUGCUCUGUGCCCAUCAACAUGUAAUUGUAAUUUGGAUUAUUUUUCUCUAGGUGGUUUUCCUGGCACUUGCUCACAUAGAAACUCAACUGCCAUGGUUCUGCCCUCUCAGGAAACCUUAUGAGGUCUUCCUGCUGUUUAUCCCCAUCUGCAAAUCAAUUAACCACCCCAAAUUGCUUAGUGUUAGCUUCAAAUUUGGAAAUCUCACUGCACACUCCUUCUCCCAGUUCAUAUAUGAAGAGUUUAAACAGAAAAUGGUCCUAGCACUGAUUCCUGGAGGAUCCACGAAUUACACUGUUCCAUCCUGGAAAGUAGUGGUUUAUCCUUUACUCUUUGUUUUCUAUCUUUUGGGCAGUUUUUCCUCCAAUUCUAUUAUUACUCAGUUCCUUUGGUGUGGAACCUUGUCAAAGGUUUGGUGAAAAUCGAAAUGUAUCCUCUCCAAUGGUUCCCCUCAAUCUACAUGCUUGUUGAUGCCUUCAAAGAACUCCAAAAGGUUAAUCAAGCCUGUUUUCACUACACAGAAACCAUAGUAUCUUUUCCUUCAGCAGCUUGUUUUUUUCUAAGUGCUUCCUGAUCCUAAACUUAAUUAUUGAGUCCAAGUUGCCAGGUAGAGAAGUGAGAAUUACUGUUCUACAAUUCCCAGGAUCAUCUCUGAACUCUUUUUACUGAAGGGAAUUACACUGACAAUUCUCCAGUCUUCCAUUACAGUGGCCAUUUGUAACGGAAGAUUUCACACUCUCACAGAGGUUCUGCAACCUCCCCUCUUGAGCUUCUUCAGCACUCUCAGAUGGGUAUCAUCUGAUACCAGUGAUUCAUUUGUACCGAGUUUAUCAAGUAGAUCUAAAAUAUCGGGCAGGGGGGGCACCACAAUUUGGCCCAGUGGCUCUGACCUUUCUGUGACACAAAACAAUUUGGGUGUGGGAAUCUCUCUACCAUCUUCCUCAUAAAAGCCUGAACCAGAUAAUUUAUUGAGCCUUUCAGGUAUUGCUAAUCAUCCCUGAAUGCACCUUUUACUCCACAAUUACCAAAUGGACCCUCUGAUUCCCCAUCUGGCUUCAUGCAACAGAGCAAAGAACAUUCCUCUUUGAACCAGAAUAGGGGGUUUGUUCAUUAGCAGCAUCAGAUUCACAUGGAUAUUGAUAUGAACCAGCUAGGACUUUUACUGGUCAUCUGGCAGAUGUCCAUGGACCUGACUGGGCUUUACUUUAUGUGCAAUGAUGUAAUCUCCUUUGUGGUUUAUUUUACUACAUAGUAAAAUGUAGUUAAGACACUUAUUUUACCAUGGGCUUUUUUAAUGGUAAGAAACAGUCUCAUGAAAUGAUCCCAGAUGAAGAGCACCCUCUGGUCUGUGAAAUUCCUAAAAUAUGCACUGUUACACUUUGCAAGAGAGGGCUCUUGUCUGUGUCAUUCUCCCGCCUCAGACAGGCUCGACUGACAGCCACUCCCAACCCUAGGAUGCGUUCAGCAGGUCCAUGAUGGCAGCAGAUGUGCUCUGCCCAAAGAUAAAUGUUCUGCAGAGGAUGGGGAGUACACCCCAGCUUAUCUUCUAGACUGUAAGCCCAUUGCAGGCAGGGAUUGUCUCUCUUUAUUGCUGAAUUGUACUUUCCAAGCUCUUCGUACAGUGCUCAGCACACAGUAAGCGCUCAAUAAAUACGAUUGAAUGAAUGAAUCAAACAGGACCUAGAGAUUGCAUGUAACCCAAAGUUAGUCACCAGAAAGGUCAGAAAAAGAAUGAUCAGAGCCAAAGGUUUUGCUAAUAACCCUGGCUUGUUUGUCAAGCGAAUCACACCCACUUCUCAAAUCCUGCUCCCGUCCCUGAGGAAAUUCAUGGGAAGUGUUUAAGGGGUCUGAAAAAAAGAACACCAGAGGAAUAAAAUGAUAGGUACAACGACAGGAACUAUGGGGAAAAUGUAAGGACUAUUCCCUGCAACAAAUUCCUGUCAAGGUAAGGGAGAAUUUUGUUCUUCCUGUCCCAUGCCCAUGCAGAGGGCUCCUGGAUUGAAAGGGAGGGGCCCUCAAGAUGCUCUGGGUUUACUUCUCCUGGGGUCAAACUGAUCCCAGGCCCUAAAUGGCUAAUCUGGUCCUAAAUCCAGGUACCCCUGAGAUGAAGAGAAGCAGUGUGGCCUAGUGAAAAGAGCAUGGGCCUCCGAGUCAGAAGACCUGGAUUCUAACUAAUCCCAGCUCCACUGCUUGUCUACUGGGUGAAAUUUACUCCACUCCUCUCCUGAUUCACAGCUAAGUCUCCCUUCUCCCACCACCUGCACCUACACACCAGAGCUCAGGGGUUCUUUUGGUGGAAUAGAAUGCCCUGGUGCUAAUACUGCUGCCAUCCCUUAGAGAUUUUUUUUAUUAUUUUGGUUAUUGUUAAGCAUUUACUAUGUGCCAGGCACUGUACUA